GGGGCGGCCGGAACUCGGGCCCGGGUGGAACCGAAACUCGGGCCCGGUGGCAGCCGGAACUCGAGGCCGGGCUCCCGCUGCCCGGGGGCGCCGCCCCGUGUCCCGGCGGCCGGUGCGGCCCCGGCGCUGCCGCCCGCUCCGUGCCCGCCCGCGCCGCCGCUCUCCGCACACGCUCCCCGGGCUCCGCUCCGCCGCCCGCGGCCUCCUCGGCGAUGGGAGCGACUGAGCCCCCCAACUUCUCGUGGGUGUCGGAGGGGCGGCUGGCGGGGCUGGCCAUGCCCCGGGAGCCCGGGCACUACCGGUUCCUGCUGGGCCAGGGCGUGCGGCACCUGGUGUCGCUGUCGGAGCGGCCGCCCCCGCACCACGGCUGCUGUCCCGCCAUCCGGCUGCACCGGCUGCGUGUGCCCGACUUCACGCCCCCGACGCCCGGACAGAUCCGGAGCUUCCUGCGGCUGGUGGAGGAGGCGAACGGGCAGGGCGAGGCCGUGGCUGUGCACUGCAUGCUGGGGCACGGCCGCACUGGCACCAUGCUGGCCUGCUACCUGGCGAAGGCGCAGAACAUGAGCGGCGCUGAUGCCAUCCGGGAGAUCCGGCGGCUGCGUCCCGGCUCCAUCGAGACGCGGGAGCAGGAGGAGGCCGUGAUCCGGUUCUGCAGCAAUGGAGAGGACGGCGAGGAGGCGUGAGCGUGGCCAGCGCUUCAACGGAGACGGUCGCCAUGGGAUGCUGGGGGAGGCGUUCCAAGCCCCAGGUGCUGCUGUCCGUCCCCUCCACAUUAAACAACUCUCCUGUGGCUUUUCUCCAGGACUGUCCGUGUGUAACCGGUGGGCGGCUGUCGUGGUUUAACCCGAGCUGGCGAUGCAGCCACGCAGCCGCUCACUCACUCCAAUAGGGGAGAGAAUCCAAAGGGAAGGGAGAAAUUGGAUUGAGAUAAACACAGUGCAAUAAAAUAACAAAAUACUAA